ACAUAUUCAGUGGGUAUUUAUAGUUCUACUUCAAUGAAAAACAAACAGCGAAAAGUUUGAGCAAGUGCAAGAAGACAUAGUAUAGCUUUUGUUUUCUUGCUCAAACAAUCAAUGGCUUCAAUUCAGAUAACUGGCUUCAUUCCGGCAAGUUCCGUAGGUCUCAAACCUAACACUUUAAGGCGAACCAAUCAAAAGAACAAGACAAUUAGAUGCAGAGCUGCAGUGAAUCCCAGGAAGCCGCCGCCUCCUCCCCCUGGAAAGGGCAAGAAGCCACCGCAAACACAUUCUACAGCCUCCGUCUCAGAGAUUAGAAUGACGAAUAUGAGUGAGUCGUCCGCUGGAAGAGAAGAAAAGGGGAAUCAUAAAGCACCACAAAAGGAUAAUCAGAGUAAUGGCUUAUUUGUAACUCAGCAAUAAAAUUAGGAUGUCCUAUUUGUAAACCAAUUGAUCUUUACUUUUAAGGUCUCCUAAAGUUCUAUGUAACAGGAUUGUAUGUUAUGAAUUUUCUAAGAUGGUUAAUUGCAUAAUGUAUGUUGAACUCGUUACUUAUUUAAGACGCAAUACUG